AUGGCGCUGUUCCGUCGUUUAUUCUACAAAAAGCCUCCUGAUCACCUUCUAGAGAUCUCGGAAUGUGUUUACGUUUUUGACUGCUGUUUCUCGAGCAAUGUCAUGGGAGAGGAUGACUACAAACUGUACUUGGGUGGCAUCGUUGCGCAGCUACAAGACCAUUACCAUAAUUUCUCUUUCAUUGUUUUUAACUUUCGAGAAGGAGAAGGGAGGAGUCAAUUAUCAGAAGUCUUGACUCAGUACAACAACAUAACGGUUCUAGAUUAUCCUCGGCACUAUGAGAGUUGUCCUCUUCUACCUCUUGGAAUGAUCCAUCACUUUUUAAAAUCGAGCGAAAGCUGGUUAUCAAUGGAAGGUCAACAGAACGUUCUGUUGAUGCAUUGCGAAACAGGUGGUUGGCCUGUUCUUGCCUUUAUGUUAGCAGGGCUAUUAUUGUACAUAAAGCAGUAUCAGGGAGAGCAGAAGACUCUUGAGAUGGUACAGAAACAGGCUCCCAAGGAGCUUCUUCAUCUAUUGUCUCCUGUAAACCCUCAGCCUUCUCAACUCAGAUAUCUUCACUACAUUUCUAGAAGAAAUUUGGGCCCUACAUGGCCUCCUUCAGACACGCCUCUUCUUUUGCAUUGCUUGAUUCUUAGACAUCUCCCACAUUUUGAGGUCACAAAUGGUUGCAGACCAAUUUUACGAGUCUAUGGUGAGGACCCAGAAGACAGAGGCAACAGCAGUUCCAUACUUCUCUUUCCCACACCAAAUACAAAUAGACACACUCGCCUCUACCUACAGGAAGAGGGUAUCCAGGUGGAAUUAGAUAUUCAGUGCUGUGUUCAUGGGGACGUUGUUUUGGAAUGUAUACACUUGCAUGAUGAUUUGGUGCGUGAGGAGUUGAUUUUUAGAAUCAUGUUCCACACAGCAUUUGUACGUGGUAAUUCUUUCAUGCUCAAACGCGAUGAGAUGGAUAUACGUUGGGAUGCCAAGGACCAGUUCUCAAAGGAAUUCAAGGCAGAGGUAUGUUUUUCUGGUGCUGAUGCCGAGGUGCCUACUAUGGUAACAGCCCAAACAUCAGAAGAUGUAGAGGAUUUAGAUAACACUUCACCUGAAGAAUUUUAUGAGGUGGAGGAGACUUUUGGCAACUCAGAUGAUAAACAUGAUGUGCAUGGGGAGGCUCCAGUCAAAGAUAUCACUGUUGAUGAUGUACAGGAUAAGUCACAUGGGAAGCCAGAUAGCAAUAUCGACCCAGUGAAGGAUAUAGAAAUAGACGAUAGUGAUGAGCAGCUGGAGAGAAGGACCAUGGAAGCAAAUGAAAAUGAUUCUAUAACAGCUGGGACUCAACACAAAGUUGGUGGAGAUGGCAUUAAUGAUUCCCCAAAUACAUCUGAGAGACCAAACAGUGGGACCAUGUUGUCACCAUCUUCACCUUCAAAGUCUGUGUAUGCUUCACCUUUGGCAACUCCUACUACAUGUUCUACUUCUCAACCUCCUCCGCAUGUAUACUCACCACUGGGCCAAACCAGAAGCCACUCUCGAACCUCUCAUCUCCCAUCGCCACCACCUCCUCCACCACUACCACCUCCGUUUGCAUCUGCCAGGGGAAACAGUGAAAAUCUGUUGCCUCCUCCACUACCUCCUCCGUUUGAGAAAGCAAACGGUAAAGUUCUGUUGCCACCACCACCUCCACCUCCUCCUCCUCCUUUUGCAUUUAAGAAACCAAAUAUCGGAACCGUGUUGCCUCCACCUCCACCUUCUACGUCAGUGUAUGCCUCUGCUUUGGCAACUCGUACUAGAUGUUCUACUUCUAGACGUCCUUCGCAUGUAUGCCACUCUCAAAGAUCUCAUCGCCCAUCGCCACCGCCUCCUCCACCACCAACUCCUCCAUUUACGUCUGGUAGACCUCCACCUCCGACACCAAUGGGUGCUCCAACACCACCAACUCCCCCAGUGCAUGGAGGAGCCCCUCCUCCUCCUCCGCCUCCUGGUGGUGGUAGAGGUCCUGGUCCACCUCCGCCUCCUCCUGGGCCAAGACUUCCUUGUGGAGGUCCUCCUCCACCUCCGGGACCAAAACCUCCUGGUGGGGGAACUCGUGAUAUUACAGGAACAGGUUUUGAUUUGGGGUCGUCACCUCAAAUAGAGCCUCUAAAGCUCUUACGUUGGGUUAAAGUAACGAAGGUCGUGCAGGGAAGCUUAUGGUUCGAGUUGAAGGGACAUGGAGUAGAACAAAUUGAACAAGAAUUUGAUGUAUCAGAAAUAGAGACGCUUUUCCCUGCUACAGUGACAAUUGUGACACCACCUAGACCGGGAGGAAUAGAACCGAUAGUGGCAAACCCUCUGAUUGAUAGUAAGAAAGCCCUUAACUUGGAAAUUAUGCUUGCCAAAGUGAAGAUGUCACUGCCUGAUAUGACGACUGCAAUUCUGAAAAUGGAUGAUUCUGCAUUAGAUAUUUAUGUGAUAGAUAAUCUUAUAAAGUUUUAUCCAACCGAUGAAGAGCUGGAACUUUUUAAGAACUACACUGGUGACAAGACAACCUUGAGAAAGUGUGAGCAGUUAUUCCUAGAACUAAUGAAGGUGCCACGAGCAGGAUCGAAGCUGAGAGUAUUUUCCUUCAAGAUUCAAUUUGACACUCAGAUUGCAGAAUUCAAGAAAAAACUAGAUGCUGUAAAUUCUGCAUGUCAGGAGGUCCGUACUUCACCAAAGCUAAAAGAAAUUAUGAAAAGGAUUCUUUGCUUGGGGAACAUAUUGAAUAGAGGAACUCCGAGUGGCUAUGCAGAAGGAUUCAAGUUGGACAGUUUAUUAAAAUUAAGCGAUAUACGUGCUGUUAACGGCAAGAUGACUCUCAUGCAUUAUCUCUGCAAGGUCAUUGCUAAUAAGGCGCCAGAGCUACUGGACUUCCAUAAGGAACUUGAAAGUCUUGAAACAGCUUCAAAGAUACAGUUGAAGUCGCUGGGUGAAGAAAUGCAACCUAUAUCCAGAGGGAUGAAAAUGCUGGACCAGGAGCUCACUGCAUCGGAACGUGAUGGUCCUGUUUUUGAAGUUUUCCAUAAAACACUAGAGGACUUCGUUCCCUUUGCUAAAGCUGAAGUGAAAACUGUAGAGAGUCUUCACUCCGGUUUGGCAAAUAAUGUUGAUGGACUUCCACGCUAUUUUGGCGAAGUUCCCAAACUCUGUCCAUUUGAAAAAGUUACUGCAACCCUUUUGGAGUUUAUAAAUUUAUUCAAGAGGGCACACGAGGAGAAUGUCAAACAAGCGGAAGAGGAGAAGAAGAAAAUUGCUCAGGAAGCGAAAAGAGAGAAGACGAAAGGAGUUAGCAUCACAUAA